CUAAACAAGGUGAACCAUACCCUCUCUCUCUCUCUCUCUCUCUCUCUCUCGAUUUCUCUCUGCGAGGUUGGCACACACAAACCAUGAAGAAUCAAAACCAAAAUCCUCUAGCCUCAGCCGUCAGGCUUUCUAAUGUCCCAUUACAUCUUGGUAAUCUCCUUUCUUAUGUCCUCUUCUUUGCCUCUGGCCUAACAGUCGGAAUCUUACUAUGUUUCCAUCUCAGAAACUUUUCAUUUAGCCUCCAAUUCACCCAAUUCUCUCUCUUUGGUUCACCACAACCCUUAUCGCCGCCGCCACCACCGCCACCCACAUUUGUAUCAUAUAGACAUAUUGGCUUGACAGAAUAUAUAAAGCCACCAAACAUUGCCCAUGACAUGAAUGAUGAAGAACUGCUAUGGAGAGCCUCAAUAACUCCAAAAAUACAAGAAGUUCCAUUUCACUCGGUUCCAAAGAUUGCAUUCAUGUUCUUGACAAGAGGUCCAGUAUUAUUAUGGCCAUUGUGGGAGAAGUUCUUUGCAGGGCAUGAAGGGCUUUACUCAAUUUAUGUGCACUCAAAUCCAUCUUUCAAUGAAUCAGAGCUAGAAACUUCAGUGUUUCAUGGCAGGAGAAUUCCCAGCAAGGAAGUUGAAUGGGGAAAUGUUAACAUGAUCGAAGCAGAGCGCAGACUACUAGCCAAUGCACUACUUGACUUCUCAAACCAACGUUUUGUUCUCCUCUCCGAAUCAUGCAUCCCUCUAUUUAACUUCUCCACCGUCUAUUCUUACCUAAUCAACUCUACCAACAAUUUUGUUGAGGUCUAUGAUCUUCCGGGACCUGUCGGUCGUGGCCGUUACAGCCCUAAAAUGAAUCCCAUAAUCCGAAUUCAACAAUGGCGAAAAGGGUCACAAUGGUUCGCGAUGGAUCGUGAUCUUGCUAUCGAGGUUAUAUCAGAUAGAAAAUAUCUUCCAGUGUUCCAAAACUACUGCAAUGGUCAAUGUUACUCUGAUGAACACUACAUACCUACAUAUGUGAAUAUGAAAUUUGGGGAGAGGAAUUCAAAUAGAACAUUGACUUGGGUUGACUGGUCGAGAGGCGGGCCCCAUCCGACUAAAUUUACAACAAAAGAUGUCACCCUAGAGCUGCUGCAGAAGUUGAGGUGGAACAGAAAAUGUCAGUACAAUGGGAAUAGCACAAACAUUUGUUACUUGUUUGCCAGAAAGUUCUCCCCUGAUUCUUUGGAUAGUUUGUUGAGACUUGCCCCAGAAGUGAUGCAAUUCAACCAAUAGGCUUGAAAAUGUGCAACCAAAUGCCAUUAUCAAAUUGUUUCAUUGUUUUAUGCAGAUUCGAUUAAGAUACAAUGAACAAAACAGAGGACUAUGUACACCAAAAGGAUAUAUAAGAUGGUGGAUAGUGGCUUAGAUUCCAACUUCUUCUAACAUAAGACAUACCCACUGGGGUCAUUAUCCAAUUGUGGAGAAUAAUUUUU